UCUCUUUCGGCCGCCGUACAAAAUGGCGAACUUUUUUGUUGUUAUUGCUCUCGUUUUUGUGCCCAUUUUGGCUCACGCCGACACCUGUCUUGGACCCAGUUUCACAUCCAAGGUGUACACAACAUCCGAGGCUAGUUUAUCAACAAAGACCGUUGUUGUGGUAGAGUUUACUCUCACUUGCAAGAAUGGAUUGAAGAAUGUGAACCUCUAUGCAGAUGUAAAUGAUCGAACUCUUCCAGCCACUCGUUCUCAGGAUGGCACUAAGUACCAGGUCAGCUGGAGUGAUUCCCAUAAUAAACUCCCCAAAGGAACAUACUCCGUCAGGCUGUUUGAUGAUGAAGGUUAUGCAGCUCUGAGAAAGGUUCAGAGAAGCAAGGAAGACACCACCACAGUCAAGCCACUUUUCACCAUCGACGUCCAGCACCAGGGAGCAUGGAAAGGCCCAAUCGUGCAGAGCGAGUUUUUAGCAGCAACCAUUGCAAUAUUUGUGUGGUAUUUAGCAUUUAGCGCAAAGUCUAAGUUACAGGAGUAGAUAUUUUGUAAUUCUAUAUAUGGUGUAUAAUUUAAUUUGGAAAUUAAAUGAAUAAAAAAGUUUUUAUAUA